AUGAGCCUCACUUCUUUCUAUUAUCAUUAUCAAAAAUUUACCUCGCACCAUAUCUCAUCAAUUUCUAUAAAUUUAGUGCAACAUUUCGUUUUUUACGAUGAGAGAGAUGUAUUUGAAGCAAUUCCUUCGUCUAACGCAGGAACAGGCCAAGAUUUACGAUCCAUGCAAACAUGCGGUAUUAUGUAUUUUAAUAAACCGCACGUCAUGUUACACAAAUACGGACCAAUAAAACUCAAAGGAAUAAAACAUGUAAUUUGUACGAUUGAACCAGAAAAUAGUUUGAUGCAUCAUCUUCCAUGCUCUGCAAACCAAAAACAAGUAAUCGAUCCCGUUGAAUCACAAAAACGUGUUUGGUCGGAUGAAUUCGUGCGAAGCUGUGGAUCAACGCUUUUUCAUGUAAAAACCUUGGCACACUCUCAACAAGCGGACAAUAUCAAGCGCAGUUUUUAUCGUCUACGAACCGAGAAGUGCUAUAAUUACGGUUGUUAUAUCAGAAAGCUCCAUGAGCACGCGAUAAAGGUAGCGAAUGAACGAACCUCAAUGUCAAAAACUAGGUCAUCUCUGAUUGACAUGUGA